AUGCCAAGGCGUCGCAUUUGUGGAAGUUUUACUGCACCCUACCCUCAUCAAAAUUGUGGUGAUGGUCAGGGUCAUCAAGAUGGCAAACACUGUAUAACAAAUGUCACUUGUACGCUUACAGAAACUGAAUGCAAGAAACCAUGUUGCUCAGGUCCCGGUGCUCCAGGAUGGGACAACAAUAUUAUUUUAGACGCAUCAUGGACGAUUAUUAAUACGGCCGACCCCCAAGAGUGUUGUCAGACAUGUUUUGAUUCCCCGGAUUGUCUUGCAUGGAGGAUGGGUAUAGAUGAUGUUACAUGUUUCCAUAACAAUGAUCUCCGAGAUUCCCAUUAUUGUAAAACGGGCCCGCUAUCUCAUGACGUCUCCAUCGCUAGUGGAACUAUGCGCUGUGGUAGCAAUUUUCCUUUUUUACCAUGUGUUUAG